UUCAGGAAGAGGACCAAGAUGGCUGUGUGUGUGGCUGUAAUAGCGAAAGAGAAUUAUCCCCUAUACAUCCGUAGUAUCCCAGCUGAAAACCAGCUAAAGUUUCAUUACACAGUCCACACCUCCCUGGAUGUAGUGGAUGAAAAGAUUUCAGCUAUGGGAAAAGCAUUGGUGGAUCAGAGAGAGCUGUACCUGGGUUUGCUAUAUCCUACUGAAGACUACAAAGUAUAUGGCUACGUUACAAACUCAAAAGUGAAAUUUGUUAUGGUGGUAGAUUCUUCAAACACUGCUCUCCGAGAUAACGAGAUCCGCAGUAUGUUCCGUAAACUUCAUAAUUCCUACACAGAUGUGAUGUGCAAUCCCUUUUACAACCCUGGAGACCCUAUUCAGUCACGGCCUCCUAACCAAGCCCCACAGAUGUAUACGUGUGUUUACAGACUCCUGGCUCCUGUUUAUGUUGUCUUUUCAUAUGCUGGGAAGUGUCUGCAGCCCCUUUUACUGGGUCUCCCAGACUACCUCAUCAACAGUGCUAAAUUGGGAGCUUCUAAGUAAGUUUUUAAAAAGUUUUAUACUUGAGUUUUAGAUCAGUAUCUGUGAAUAUUCUUCUUUAUAUUAGUGUCUAUUACAUGCCAUUAUAUAAAAAUUGGUAUAUACUGUUCCUUUAAGCUAUAAGCUAGAGAGUAUGGUGUUUUACAGUAGCUCCUUAGUGACCUAAAAGUGCUGUAAGUGACAUAAAAUAAGCAAACACAAUAAUAAAAAAAUAUAAAAGAACAAAGAUUAAAUAAAAUAUUUCUAUAAUAAGGUAAAUAUAGAUAGCUUAUCUAUUUCUUCUCACAUUGUGUGUAAAAUAACUGAUGUAGUUAAGCUAUAUGUUAAAGUACAAACACAAACAAACUGUUUAAAACAGUGAUAUUAUUCACUACCUGCUGCUGAUCUCUCGAGCUAAGGAAUUGGGAAUACCGCCUAAAUAUUCGGAUCAUACUCCCUUUGAAAAACUUAGCCUUGCAGCAACUAGAACUAAAGGAACUAUCACAAUCUUGUAUAAUUAUUUAAAUGUACUUAGUUCAAAUACUAAACUACACUUUAUUGAGAAAUGGGAAGAAGAGGUUCAAUUCUCUAGAGACCUCUCGGAUUGGUCCUGUAUUCUGAAGAAAGGACAGGCAUGUACUAUUAGUGCAAACUUAAAAGAAAAUUAUAUUAUGGUAGAAUAUAGAUGGUAUCUACACCCUAGUAGAGUGAAAUUGGGGAUAUAAUAUGUAAGAAUUGCUAUAGAGGCUGUGAGGAAACUGGAUCCUAUACACCUAUGUGGUGGACCUGUCCAAAAGCUGAAAACAUUUGGUCACAAACCAACAAAUUGUUGGGUGAAAUUUUAAAUAGGCAAUUUACGUUGAGUAAGGAACAAGCCUUAUUACACUUUCAACAGCCAGGUUGAAAUUUGUGGGAAUUAUUUGCACAGCUGUUAAAACCACUAUUGCAAGAUACUGGAAAACAAUAGUUCCACAUUACAAUCUGAUUCUAAAUAAAGUUAAAUACUACUAUCAAAUGGCGGAUAUUUCUUCUACCUUGCUUAAUACCAAAACAGAAUUUAUGCAGGUUUGGGAGGACUGGAUAAUAUGGCUAGACAAACAAAGGAUGCAAAAUAGAAAGAGUCUACGAACAGAGGCUGACAAUAAUAUGACACAUUCGGAGAGCAAAGCUCUUGACCACAAGUGAACCACAAACUAGCUCAUUAGUUAAAAGCUGAUUAAGACCAAUAACUCUGUCCUAUUCUGAUCUUUGUCUUCUCUUUUUUUUCCCCUGUAACUCUCUAUUUAAAAUGUAUCUAAAAUUUUGGACGUUAACUGGAGUUUUCCCCAGACAUGACUAGUUUUGCUGUUAUACUACUGAAGGACAAGGUACCUGGUGAGGAGGAGAGGAACCUCUACAAGAGAUAUAUCUAUACUCAUCUAAAUGUGACUGUAUGCAAAAUAUGUAUAACUGUACUCUCAAGAAACACAAUGUUUUAUUGCUUUUCACAUUCUGUAAACUAAGUAAUGGAAAACUUCAAUAAAUAAAAAUAUUUCAACAUAAAA